AUGGAGACCUUAAUCGAUUCCAUAAUCGAUUUCUUACGAGUGAGGCAGCUUAACAUCGCGGUCGCGGCACUAUUAACAAUGAUUUACAUGAUGUAUCAAUACCGUGCGGUGCUCUUCAAGAUCGAAAGCGAAGAUGGCGUCCGAAGUCGACGGUCCAGCAGAAUGUCUAGAUCGCGAACCAGAUCUCGAUCAAGAUCAAGAACGAGGCAAGGAAGCCACGACUACAAAGUGUCAGAUACGAAACACGGGCGUCGGGGUCGAAAACCAACACGGCGCUGCCCAGACUGUAGCCUCUGUAACUUUGAUGAUUAAUCUUGAUCCGUGCCUAGACAAACAACGAGCCCGAUAGAUAAUCUAAAUGAGUUAUCAUUUUAUCAGUUUCGAUAUUAAAAUUAUAAUGCGUGCUAUUUAUUAUUGUUAACAUUGUUUAAGUAAAAGAUUUUCGCUGUUA